AUGAAUAAUUGUUGUACGAUUACACGUUAUUAUGGUAGUAAUGAAAAAGAUCUUGAACAACUUUGGCGUUUUAUAGAACAAGCACAAACAUAUUCUAAUCGAAUAUUAAUUGGUAUAAAUAUUGAAAAAGAUUUAACUGAUUGUAUAACAAAAUAUUCUCAACAAAAAAAAUUAUCAAAUAUACCAGUUGAUUUUAUACCAAUUCGACCAUGGAUUGGAAUAUCGACACCGUUGAAUAUUCUUUUAAGUCAUCUUUCAUUAAAUGAAACAUCUGUUCUAAUUCAAUCAGUUGAAACUCAAUGUACAUCAUAUCAUAUUAAUCGUUUACAAUCAUAUCUUAAAGAAGAUAAUAUACUUUGUGUUGGUGCUGCACUUGAUGGUCAUCAAAUAUUUGAUGAUCAAUCGAAUAAAAGAUAUCUUCCUUUACAAGGUGAUACAAGUCCUUGGAAUACAUGUAAUUUGUGGAAUUUAGAAAAAUUACGUCGAACAGGUUUUCCAAUAUGUUCAGAUUAUGUUAAUCCACCAGGUAUGGAAGAUGGUGCUGUUAUUGCUUUACAACAAAAAUUAUUUGGUGGCAUGAGAAAAAAUCGUGCUCUACUUGUUCAUUUUAAUAAUAGUGUUCAUUGGUUGACUCAAUUUGAUUAUAAUGAAGAACGAUAUUUAAAACAUCAAAUUAAAAUGAAAUCAAAAAAUCAGCGAUUAAAACAAAUAUUACAAAUGUUAGAUGUAUCUGAUAAUGAUCAAGAAGUUUAUAUUGGUGUCGAGUAUAUUAAUGAUAAAUAA